AUUUGACCAGCACAGCACAACAUAAACCCUGUCUCAACCGACACGCUUCUUCACCUUCUUCUUCUUCUUCUUCUUCUUCUCACUUGUCAUUCUCUCCUUCGUUCUGCCAUUGAUAACAAACUCGAUUGUAGUCAUCAUCAUCAUCAUCAUCAUUAGAAGAAGAUGUUGCAGCUACUCUACACUGCGAUUUUCAGCGAAAUGCUUCUGAUUCUGACCCUCGUUUUCAAAACCCCACUCAGGAAGCUUGUCAUCGUUUCCUUGGAUCGUGUCAAGCGAGGUCGUGGCCCUAUCGUCGUCACCACUGUGGGUGUCACGUUGAUUAUCGUGCUUGCUUCCAGUCUCUAUAGCAUGGCGAAGAUCCAAGAACGUACCAUCGAGGCCGGUGUACUCAACCCCACCGAUCAAGUCCUCUUUUCCAAGCACUUGCUCGAAGCCUCUCUAAUGGGUUUUGUGCUGUUCCUCUCUCUGAUGAUUGAUAGAUUGCACCAUUACAUAAGAGAGCUUCGCUUGCUCAGGAAGACCAUGGAAGCUGUUAAGAAACAAAGCAGGAGUUUUGAUGAUGAUAAAAAUGGCAAUGCAGAGGAGCAUAAGGCAUUGGCAGAAGAAAUCAUGGCAUUGAAGUCUAAAGUUAAGAAACUGGAAUCUGAAUGUGAGGUGAAAGGUAAUAAGGCUAAGACUUUGGAAACUGAAGUAGAGGCUCUUAAGAAGCAGUCUGAGGGGUUCCUUAUGGAAUAUGAUCGCCUCUUGGAAGACAAUCAGAAUCUCCGGAAUCAAUUGAACACCAUUGACCAUAGCACUUUGAAUCUUGAUAACAAAAAGAGCAUGUGAAGGUUUAUGUUUCUGGAAAAACAAUUUUCUCUUUGUUUCAACUGCUGUUUGAGAUUUACAUGUUUUCUUAAUAGGUUGCAGUUGUAAAUUUGAAGUAUCUAAAAGCAGAGAUGAGCUAUGUGGAUUUAGUGAACUUACUGUACUUUAAAGCACCUCAGAUAUUGUUGACAAUGUUAAGUAAUAUAGGAAUGGAUAGUUAUUCCCUCA